CAUUUUCCUCCCCUUUCAUUUCCUUCCUUAUCUCCAUUUUCGUGAUAUCUUGCAUAUAUAUAUAUAUAAACACAUAUAUUUACUGCAUUAAUAGCAGCCCAAACCAUGGGUACACUUUCAGCUUGGUCUGAAAAUUUAUCAACCAAGAAGAAGAAAAAGGUAAUAAAACAACUUGUUGAAGGCCAAGAUUCUGCCAACCAGCUGCAAAUCCUUCUCCACAACAACAACAACAACCCUUCUCAACAACAACAAACUGAACAUCAUCUCUCAUCAACUAAAGCACAGCUUGUAGACAAGAUCUUGUCAUCUUUCAACCAAACACUUGCUGAGUUAACAUCAGUUAAUGUUUCUUCUUCCCACAACCAAACAGGUUCUAACGAUGACCAACUGGUGAAAUCUGAAGAUUGUAGUGAGAGCCGCCGGCUGAGACCUAAGGAUAAGAGAGGCUGUUACAAGAGAAAGAGGGCAGAAGAAGCAUGGACAGUUGUUUCAGCUACAACACAAGAUGGUCAUGGUUGGAGGAAAUAUGGACAAAAAGAGAUCCUCAAUUCGAAACACCCAAGGAGUUACUUUAGAUGCACUCGCAAGUAUGAUCAAGGUUGUCGAGCCACCAAACAAGUUCAAAGAUUAGAAGAUGAUGGUUCCCAAAUGUAUCGAACCACUUACAUCGGAACCCACACUUGCACGAAUCGCUCGUUCAAUGGUCCUCGGAUUAUUUCAAAUUUUGAAUCUAGAGGAACUUGCAUGGCCCCGAUCAAACAACACGAUGAUAGACUUUCAAAUUUGGCCCCAACAACUCCGGUCAUAAAGCGGGAAACGAAGGAAGAGAUGUCUGGGACGCCGAGCGAUGUUACGGACUUGGAUUCAGCCAUGUGGAAGGAUCUUAUGGAGUUUGAAUGCUACUCGGAGCCUGAUGUGAUGAUCUCGAAUGUGUAUUCUUGCACUGGAAUUAAGUUUCGAAAUUUCGAAAUGGAUUUUGUGAAUGGGUUUGAAUUUGAUGGAAGUGAUGAGUGUGUGUUGUAACUAUGCUUAUUUUCAUAUUCCAUGUAAUCAAAUAAAGAUCAUUAUUGUUGAGGGA